GCCGACUGUGCACUCCUGUCUCCCUUGACCUAUCUUUUGUCCAAGUAUUUCCGAAGAGCUCUAGUCCGUCCUUGUAGCUUUGAUCUUUCAGAAAUGCUCUUGCAUGGUCGGUUGUUCUUUCGCAAGAUAGGUGCUGAAGUAAGUUGCUACUGCUUUGAUAGCCAGCAACGAGGAAGUUCAAUAACUAUUUCAUCCGUGGUGCCCGACACAAAGGUAGAAAGGUAUAAAAGACCACACUGGGACGAGGAGUAAAUGUCCGCCAACGAUUCCCACCGAUGAAUGGAAAAGCAGUUUCCUGAUACUCCAAGCCUUAUAUUUUCAUGCCAUUCCAGAUAAAAACGCAAAAACUUUUCUUAUCGCUUUGCAGAAAUGGCAACACGAUACAUUUCCAGUCGUCUCAUUCAAUCGAUCGAAAAGGGAGGUAAAAUGGUGAUCGUUGAGUACGUUGAUAAAACGACUACUUGGAUCCGUCCAACAGGCUCCCCUGCUACAAGUGUCCAGACCGAGUUUGUCCAAGUCGUGACCGACAAUUUCGAGACUCUUCAGCCUACUACUGCCUUUGUAGCCAUGAAGGAAUCCGAGCAUAAAAGUGACUUGGAUAAACGCAAGCACUACACUGCGUACGAGCUAAAUAGCGACCGCACUGUUACACGUACAACACACUUCGUGCGGCAGAUUCCACAGUAA